UUGCGCAGGCGCAAAGACUACAUGUUCAGACCAGGGGUCCGGGGGCUCCUUCGGGAGGGAAAAGGAGGCGACGGCAACCGCAGAAGGAACCGGUCAGGUCACGUGGGAAGGGAGUUGCUCACGUGAUCCCACUCCAUUGUAGGCAGUGGGUGGGUAUUGGGAGAGGGAACAUUAGGCUGCAAUUGUUUCCCGGAAGGAAGGCAUCAAGGGAGGGAGGAUCAGCUGGGCUUGCCGGGGGGGGGGAUUGGUUGGUGGUGUCGGCGAGGCGGGCGCUCCCCUCCGUCUACCUGCAGCGCGGCAGGAUGCAGAGCGUCAUCAACACGGUGAAAGGGAAGGCGCUGGAGGUGGCCGAAUACCUGACGCCGGUGCUGAAGGAAUCAAAGUUUAAAGAAACUGGCGUUAUCACUCCUGAGGAGUUCGUUGCAGCUGGAGACCACUUAGUUCACCACUGUCCUACUUGGCAAUGGGCAACAGGAGAAGAAUUAAAAGUCAAGGCUUAUCUCCCAACAGACAAACAGUUUUUAGUCACUAAAAAUGUGCCAUGCUACAAGCGAUGUAAACAGAUGGAGUACUCAGAUGAACUGGAAGCCAUUAUAGAAGAAGAUGAUGGUGAUGGAGGAUGGGUGGACACAUUUCACAAUGCAGGCAUUACAGGAGUAGCAGAAUCCAUUAAGGAGAUCACACUGGAAAGCAAGGAAAGUAUAAAGGUACCAGAAUGCUCAGGUUCAUGUGAGGAUGAUGACGAUGACGAGGGAGAGGCAGCAGACAUGGAAGAAUACGAAGAGAGUGGGCUGCUGGAGACAGAUGAUGCAACAUUGGAUACGAGGAAAAUAGUGGAAGCUGCCAAGGCUAAAACAGAUGCUGGAAGUGGCGAAGAAGCUAUUCUGCAGACUAGGACAUAUGAUCUUUACAUCACGUAUGACAAAUACUACCAGACACCAAGGCUUUGGUUAUUUGGGGGUGAUGAGGUACACUUUCUGUUUACUUACUUGAAACUGUUCAGCUCAUUUCUUAAACUAGCUGACUGCAGACAUCCAGCAGCAGUCAGAUUAGCUUCUCAUCCUGGCAUUCUUCAAGUGUUACUAAAAAAUCUUUGUUCCGUUCAUCCAUGCAGACAUGCAGAAGUGAUGAAGAAAAUCAUUGAAACUGUGGCUGAAGGUGGAGGAGAACUUGGAGUUCAUAUGUACCUUCUAAUUUUUUUGAAAUUUGUACAAGCGGUCAUUCCAACAAUAGAAUAUGACUACACAAGACACUUUACAAUGUAAUUAGGGAAGAGAAUGUUUAUGGUAAUUAUUGAUCCUAAUUUUUAAAAGUAUAGCCCAUACAUGUGACUGAUUUGUUUAUCCACCAUUGUAUAAAAUUUCUGUAAUGUACCACUUCUGUCAAGUUUAUGCAUCAAAAUAAAAUUCCACUACCAGCCUUA